AUGGGCAAGAAACCGAAGGAGAAGCCGGCCAAGGCCAAGGCCAAGGCAGAGGCCGAUCCGGAUCCUGCGGCCCAACCCGAUCCCUGGAUCUGUGAGGAGUGUGGGCAGGAGAACCCGGCCGAAGAAACGAUCUGCGUGGCUUGUGGGGCACCAAAGCCUGCAGUGAUCGACCCGAGAUUCGAUGGUUAUGUGGUGGGCUUGGUCCAGACCUGCGAGCCAGUUCCCGGCAAGGACAAGCUAAAGAAGCUGGAAGUGGAUGUCGGGGAGUCAGCUCCGCUGAGAAUUGUUACGAACGCUUCGAACGUGAAGGACGGCUCGAGAGUCGUCGUGGCGAAAGUUGGCGCCAUCGUGAAUGACGAACCCCUGGCCAAAACGACAGUGGGAGGGUGCCCGUCGGAAGGCAUGCUGUGUGAUUCCACAAUGCUGGGCUGGUCGGGUGGCGGCGCGCGUGCAGCGGCACUGUUGCCG